CGUUUCCGUUUGAACUGACGGGCGGGCACCCGCCAUGGCAGCGUCCCUUCCGCGGCCCGGGACCCGGCUCUUUCGAACGUACGCGGCGAGGGGCGUUCAGAGGUCGCAGCCUAACCGAGGGGCCGUGCAAUGGUUCCAGCCGCCGGAUCCGAAGCGCGCCUUCAGCAGCAGCUUCAGCGGCAAUGACCAGUCGCCGUCUGUCUCUUCCGAUGACUCUGACGACCCUGACGACCCCGACGACCCGGACUUCCCUGGCAGCCCCUCGGGCAAGCGGCGCAAGCGUUCCCCGGACCGCGCCUCCCGCCAACAGCGGACUCUGACAGCCACCCAGAGGCUGCGUCCUCGGCCCCCGCAGAAGUGCAGCACCCCGUGUGGCCGGCUGCGACCGCCACCCUUCAGCUGCAACCCGGGCCGCUUCAGCCCGGACCUCAGCGUGUGCGGCCAGUCCAGGGGCAGCAACGAGCUGGGCACCAGUGCUUCCCUGUUUAGCUCUCCGGCCUCCCCCGGAGCCCCCGACUCUCCGGAUGGAGCCCCUGCAGUCCCCAGGGGCUCCCACUUGCCGGCAGCCUCCCUGGACUUAGAAGCAUCUUUGCCCUGCCCCAGGGAAGCGGCAACAGACGAAGGCAGGUUCACCAGUUUGGCCGGCCAAUCCGGAGCCGACAUCAGGUCAGCAGCAUUCGUUAGCCCGGUGGACUCAGGGACCACAAAAGAUAACGAGUUUGGGACAGAUGGGAAGAAUGUGAAGGAAUCGUGUCGUGAAAGACAGCAGGUGGGAAACAGACUAAAGGGCCCAGGUCUGACAAGCAUGAGAAAGAGAAGGGCCACAGAUCAAACGGUUGCGCCUCAAGGAGCCGACCAGACGGACUAUGGGAGGGCCGGUGUUUGCAAAGACCGUUGUGUACCAGGGCAAAUCAGCAGGCCUAAGAGAACUGAGCCACUGCAGAGGAGGAAACGGCAAAAAGCAAUGGGAGCCUCUGCCCGCCGCUAUCAGCAAUCUAAGAAGAAAAAGAGAGCUUCAGUCCCUUCCCCGGACUUGAGGCAUAUCCAUGAGACCUCUUCUUGGGCCAAAACCAGAGCCUCCUUCAGUUUCCACAAGAAGAAAGUUAUAACUAAUUUGUCAGAGGAAUGCAGCAGCCAGGCUGCCGGUUCUCCCUCUAGGUCCCUCCUGUCUGAAUACUCAACUCCAUGCAUCAGGAACAGAGCAAACAGUACUGUUUCUUCUUGUCACUCCUCUUCUAUGUAUUUGCUAAGCCCCUUAAAGACCCUCCAGGUCACGGACAAAAAGCCAUCUUAUGCUGAAAAGGUUUAUGGGGAGUGUAAUCAGGAAGGGCCUAUCCCCUUUCAUGAUUGUCUUUCCAAGGAAAAAUUGGAACACUGUAAGAAGAUUGGGGAAGGAGUGUUUGGGGAAGUGUUCGAAACAAUUACUGAUCAAACACCUGUAGCCCUAAAAAUCAUUGCUAUUGAAGGACCAGAUUUAGUCAAUGGGUCCCAUCAAAAAACCUUUGAGGAGAUCCUACCAGAGAUCAUCAUCUCCAAAGAACUGAGCCUUUUGUCAGAUGAGGUGUACAACCGCACAGAAGGCUUUAUUGGGCUGAACUCAGUACAUUGUGUGCAAGGGCCUUACCCUCCCUUGCUGCUCAAAGCCUGGGAUCGCUAUAAUGCCACCAAAAAGUCUGCAAAUGACCGGCCUGACUUUUUCCAGGAAGACCAACUCUUUAUUAUCCUGGAAUUUGAGUUUGGUGGAGUUGACUUAGAGCAAAUGAGAGGAAAGCUAUCCUCUGUGGCUACUGCAAAGAGCAUUCUACACCAGAUCACUGCAUCCCUUGCCGUGGCAGAAGCGUCGCUGCACUUUGAGCACCGUGACUUACACUGGGGGAAUGUGCUCUUAAAGAAAACCAACCUCAAAGAGAUCCACUACACCCUCAAUGGGAAGACAAGCACCAUUCCCACCCGUGGGCUACAAGUCAACAUCAUCGACUACACCCUGUCCCGCUUGGAGCGGGACGGGAUUGUGGUUUUCUGUGAUAUCUCCAACGAAGAGGACCUCUUUACAGGUGAAGGUGACUACCAGUUUGAGAUCUACAGGCUCAUGAGAAAGGAGAACAAAAACUGCUGGGGGGAAUAUCACCCGUACAAUAAUGUACUGUGGCUACAUUACCUCACAGACAAGAUUCUGAAUCACAUGAGCUUUAAGACUAAGUGUCACACCACAGCCAUGAAGCAGGUAAAGGAGAGACUGGAGCAUUUCCACAGAACUGUACUGACCUUCAGCUCUGCCACCGAUCUGCUCUGCCGACACAGUCUGUUUAAGUAAGCCAGGUACAGAGUGGCUUUGAGAGCACUACUGAAGCCUCACUGAGUACACCUUUGUAGUGAUAUAUCCACCCCACCCCACCCCACCUACACUUGUAGCACUGACCACACCCUUCUGAGUGUGGUCACAGGUUCGAACAAGACCUGAAAAGAAUUGAUUUGGGGCUCAGAAGCCCCUUCAGGUCGUGGAGAGCAUCAGGGUGGUGGGAUCUGCAUCCUUGGGUCUGGAGCGACGCGACAGUCACUUGUUUCCUGUGUAAGUUAUUUUCUCCUAAUA